AUUCGUUUAACGGACGUUUUAACUCACUGACGCGCUCGAGCACCGUAUAUUCGUCGAUAUACGCACAAUAUUCGCCUUUUAAUUACAUAUUUGAGUUAUAUAAUUUAUCAAGACUGUAAAAUAGAUCCAUUUACGUGACAUCUGUGGUAUUAUUUUCAAUACCUGUGUGUGUGUGUUUUCUUGGGUUUGAAUGGAGGAGCAGACGGUAAAUCAACUGGACAACCUGCUGCUUCAGUUAGGUAUAGAGAGUCGAGAACUUGCUCAGAGGAAUAAUGACCUCAAGCAGCAAUUACAAAUUUGUGAGUCCAACAUUCAGGAGAAGAAGGACUACAUUAAGACAACACAACUUACUAUCAGCAAACUUGAUGUGGAGAUCCAGCAAAAACAAAACACUGUCAAGUUUAUCAAAGAAAACACAAAAAAUCAACAGAGAACAGGACAUCUGUUGCUUCAGUAUGAAAAGACACUGGAAGCUGAACUAGAGAAGAGACAGGACAGCUACAAGCAAGACAUGAAAAUGUUCCAGGAGAGAAUCGAGAGCUACAGGAACGUGUUUCAGCAGUAUAAGGAUCGAUACUGUCAGAACCCACUAGCUCAGAAACUGCUGAAGGCUCAAGCUGAGAAUGAGGAAAUUGAAAGGAGAAUAAGAGCAAUAGAAGAACAAAUAAUGGAGAAGGAUAGAGAACUGACAGCAGCAAUGGGUGAGGAGGAGCCAGUCACUGAUGGUGCUGACAGUAAGUGUCCAGUCAAUGACGGCCUACAAACUGAAAGCGAAUCAUUUGAUGAAAUGGUCCCUCAUCCAGAGCCCAUAAUGCAGAGGCCUGAAGAAUACGCAGAUGAGCACAUGGGUGAUGAAGAUCCUUCUGAGGCGAAUAAGGUUAAAACUGCAGAAAGUGAAUCUCAAAUGGACACAUUUUCCCACUGCUUAUGGAAAAAGAGAGAAACUGUAGAAGAUCAAAUGCAAGAAGGCGAUCAGAGACAGUCAGAGAAGCAGGGGAAUGUGAAUGUUUCAUGUGCUUCUGAGCUCAUGGUGGAAAUAUCAGAAGAGGAGGAGGAGAAAGAUAGUUUGGAUACGACCACAGCAGAAACUCACGAGUACACAGUGACUGAGGGUCCCGUCUGCCCUCCUCCCUCACCGGCUAGAAUUAAAGCCACACCGAACACCCCGACCUUCUCCUUAAACAACAGUCCCAGAUGCUCACCUGGAGGACAGGACAUCUCAGACACCAAGUCUCCCGCUUUUGUGUUCUCCAUGAUGUCGGGUCCAAACACACCUGCGUUCUCCAAGCCAGGCUGCGACUUUGACGUGGGAUCGGCACCAGAAGAGGCAUCUCCAUUUACCUUCACAAGCUCCUAUUUCAGCAACAAGAAGUCACCAGGAUCAACUUCCAAGUUCUCAGAUUUCCUGUUUGAUGAAGCCGAGAGUCGUCAGGAGGAGUUUUCCUUCUCGUUCGGGAUGGAAAGCCCUCAGAAGAGCUCAUCCACACAGGACACUUCAGGACCUGGUGAUUCAUUCCCCUUUUCAUUCAGCUUUGGGAAAUUAUAACUUCAUAAACAUAAACUUCAGAGAUGUGUUCAAAUGUCUGUUGACGUUACAUUCUAUACUAUAGGCAAUAUUUACUGCAGAUUUUGUUCACUGCUGCAAUUUUUGUUUGCUCAACAUGAUUCAAAAUAACUUAUUCACAGAGAUCAUUUCAAUAUAUGCUUAUACUUCAAUGCAUGCAUUAUAACUAAUUAAUAGAAAAUAACAUGUUUGCAUAUUCUUCUCAUUAAAUGUAUUUGUUACUGAAAAUAUAACACUGAAAAAGUCUA